AUGGAAAUGUCUGAUACAGUCAAACCUCUGACUUCCUUCCUCAUAGAGGACAUCCUCUCUGUUAAGGACAGCGCGAGAUUUAAUGGGAAGUGCUGCUCACAGAAGAUGGAAAGAUUUUCAGAGUGGGAAGAGGAAUCAGAUAAGUUGUCUGAGCAACUCAGCCCGCUGGAGUCAACGUUUGGAGUGCAGACAGAGUCGUCAGGCACAUCCUGUCCCAGCACCUCAGAGUCCAGCGGUUUUACGUCCUCAGGGAAACAGAAGCGUUCCCGGGCAGCAUUUACACACCUGCAAGUGCUUGAACUGGAGAAGAAAUUUAACCACCAGAAGUACCUGUCAGCCCCAGAGAGGGCUCACCUGGCGAGCACUUUAAGACUGACCGAGACCCAGGUGAAGAUCUGGUUUCAGAACCGGAGGUAUAAAACAAAAAGAAAGCAGCAAACACCAGAGUUCUGUAAGGAUGUGUACAAAGCAGAGGGACUGAGUCUGAGGGAUGAUUUGGUCCGAUCAUCACUGAUCACCUCCUUCUAUAAAGCCUAUCAAUACCGACCCUACCUGUGGGACUAUGGUGGCCCCUGGGGGCCAACGUUAUGGUGA